CGCGGCGCCGGGGACACUCCUGCCGCCUCCGCUUCGUCUCCCCUGGUCUCCGGGAGUGUGGGCAGGGCUGUCCCGGGGCUUCCGUGGGCCCGGCCUCUCCCACUUCGGGAGGAAAAAGCAGGGGAAGCCCCCGGCGCCCGCCGCCCCCGGAGACCCGCGGAGCCCCCAGCCGUGCAGGCGCUGAAGACGAGCUCGGGCGGGGCCCCGGUGCGUCGUGCCUGUCGCCGUCCGUGUCCGGAGCGGCGGCUCGCGCCCGCCCGCUCGGCGCCCCGAGCCCCCCGCCCCGGGCCGUAGGGGCCCCACCCUGCGGGUAGUAGGCGACGGCCGGCCCGGGACGAGCGGAGCAGCCGUCGCGGGGCCUCGCCGCGGCCUCUAGCGCCCCAGCCCCGGGGAAUGCAGUGGCCCCCGGCCCCUGGCGCUUCUCCGUGUCUAAGCUGGGCCUCCUCGCUCGCCUGCUCCGCGGCCACGACGCUCCUGAGCCGCGCCGGCCGGGCCCCCCUCAUGGCGGCCAAGUGGUUCAAGGAGUUCCCCCUGAACCUGAAGACAGUGUCGGAGCGGGCCAAGCCCGGCGGCGGGGGAGGCGGCAAAUUGCGCAAGAACUCGGAGGCGGGCGGCGCGGGGCCCGCCCCGGGCAAGGGCCGAAAGAACUCGGCGGCCGAGCUGGGGAGCAGCCGGGCCGGGGUCGGCCCCCCCAAGGAUAGCCGGCUAUCCCGAGACAACCUGCAGGGUCUGAUUCAGGCCGCCGCGGGCAAGGGCCGCAAGAACUCCCGGGCCACCGAGGAGGAGCCCCACCGGGGCGCGGCCAAGAGCUCAGGCUGCAGCACCUACAUCAACAGGCUCAUCAAGGUGGACACUCAGGAGAAGAAUGGGAAGAGCAACUACCCCAGCAGCAGUAGUAGCAGCAGCAGUAGCAGCAGCAGCCCUUCCUCCGCGUCCUCUUCCCCUUCCUCCCUGGGACCCGAACUGGAGAAGGGCAAGAUUAUUAAGCAGCAAGACACGGUCAUCAUUUUAGAAGACUAUGCUGACCCUUAUGAUGCUAAACGGACGAAAGGCCAAAGGGAUGCAGAGAGAGUAGGGGAGAAUGAUGGAUACAUGGAGCCCUAUGAUGCACAGCAAAUGAUAACAGAAAUCAGACGACGAGGUUCCAAAGACCCCCUGGUGAAGGCUCUUCAGCUGCUCGACAGCCCCUGUGAGCCAGGGGAGAACGGCGCAAAGCCCGAGGCGCUGGCCAAGAGACGGAGCUCUAAGGAGCUGCUGGGGAAGCCGCCGCAGCUGUACGACACGCCCUACGAGCCGGCGGCCGAAGGCGGCCCGCGCGCCGAGGGGCUGGAGCGGAAGGCGCGGCUGCCCCAGGACGACGAGAGGCCCGCGGCCGAGUACGAGCAGCCCUGGGAGUGGAAGAAGGAGCAGAUCGUGCGGGCGCUGUCGGUUCAGUUUGAAGGCUCUGAGCGACCUUCCGUCAAGGAGGAGACAGUGAGGCAACACCACCGACAGAAGAGUUGGACCCAGAAGAUCCUGAAGCCAACCCUUUCUGACCACAGUGAGGGGGAAAGAGUGGACCCAGCCCUGCCACUGGAGAAGCAGCCUUGGUAUCAUGGUGCCAUCACCCGUGCUGAGGCUGAGAGUCGACUACAACCCUGCAAAGAAGCUGGGUACCUGGUUCGAAACAGCGAGUCAGGGACCAGUAGGUACUCCAUUGCACUAAAGACUAGUCAAGGAUGUGUCCACAUCAUAGUGGCUCAGACCAAAGACAACAAGUAUACCCUGAAUCAGACGAGUGCUGUCUUUGACAGCAUCCCGGAAGUGGUACACUAUUAUUCCAAUGAGAAGCUGCCUUUCAAGGGGGCAGAACAUAUGACCUUGCUCUACCCUGUGCACAGCAAGCUGCACUAAGGUUCAGCCACCAAAAGCCCCAGCGGGGCCUCUCACACCUAGGAGGGCAUCAGCACCCAACCAGUAUCUCAGGGGACAAGGCUGGACUGCACCAUAAUAUUUUGGAGGAAGCGGGACGCUUCAUUUAGGAGUCAAAAAGUCUUCGGCCUUGAAUCCAUUCCAUGACACUUGGCUACUGACCUGUCCCUUUUCUCCUUGCUAAACAGUUCUACAAUGAGAAACCAUAAUUUACCAGUUGCCUCCAGUCCUGGCGUAGGGUGCUCUAUUUGGGGCGUGACCCUCAGGAAAGGUAAGUCAGGAGUCCAGAAAUAUUAAGAUUCUCCAAAAAUGUGCUAGUUGUUCCGUGGAAUACCUGGUCUCCAAACAAACCAACAAAAAUGCACUUGGCUUUUACAUAAGACAACAAAAGAUGAUCAUGUGGACCCAAAGAGCAUGUAAUACAGGACCCCUUCUUGGGGGAAAAGCAUGAACAGUGGAAAAUAAGUAAAUAGUGGGCACUUUGGAGAAAGCUAUAUUUCACUCUUGAGGGUCCUAGUUCAGCUCCGGAGUCCAUAAAAAUUCACAACUGUAGGGUCUGGCAAAAGGAUUAUUAAGAAAGUUUGUGUUUUCUCAAUUUCUGUGGACCUUUUCAGCAAAUCAGUAAUAUAAGCAUAAAUAAGAAGGAAGAUGCCCCUGAUUUAAGAAUCACCAAUAUAAUUAAACAUUGGCAGCGUUACCAUUAUUCUGAAUUAUAGAAUAAAAUGUACAACGAAGAUUUCAUUUCUGAUUUUUAACAAAUCUGAAAAUUUACAAAGCUCAACAACUGUUUUCUUAUUGAAUAAUUAUACAGAACUUCUGAUAUCUUUUGUUUCACCUUUGUUCAUUUUAGUUAUUGGAGCCAUUUUUAAUUUUUAUCCCUAAAAUUGGAUUCGCUUUGUAUUUUAGAGUAACUUAAAAAUAUAUAUAUAUAUAGGGAGUUCCCUGGCGGUCCAGUGGUUAGAACUCCACAGUCUCACUGCCCAGUGCCCGGGGUUCAAUCCCUGGUUGGGGAACUAAGAUCCCACAAGUCGCGCAGCAGAUAUAUGUGUGUGUGUGUGUGUGUAUAUAUAUAUAUAUAUACAUAAACUCUAGGACAUGAUUGUGUGAACUGGGUCUCUAAAACCUGCAAAUUUUCUCUCAUGCUGUACAAAGCAGACUGGUUGGCACCGUAUAAAAAUAUUUUAAAAGACUGGCAUUUUCUCUAUCUACUACUGCUUAAAGAUAUUAAAAUAAUAUUCAUAGUAC